AUGGGUCUCAACUUCAUUAACAAAUUGACCAAGUCAGCGUCACCUUCGUACGACGAAAAGGAGCGAGAAAACGUCUCCGUUAACUCUGCCGAUGGUCUCGGUACCGAGCCUCGAAUUAUGGAGGCUGGAGACCCCCAUGGAUCCGACUCCUCAAUUCUCAAUCUGGGUAACGGAGAAAUCAUUGACAAGACCUCUGAUGACCGAAAGCAGAUUGGUGUCAUGUCUGCUGUCUUCCUAAUUUUCAACCGAAUGGUUGGAACCGGUAUCUUCGCCACCCCCUCUACUAUCUACCUGCUUUCUGGAUCCGUUGGACUCGCCCUCAUCAUGUGGGUUGUUGGAGCUCUGAUUGCUGGAGCCGGUCUCAUGGUCUACCUCGAGUGGGGUACAACCAUCCCCAAGAACGGAGGAGAGAAGAACUACCUCGAGUACGUCUACCGAAAACCCAAGUUUCUAAUCACAGCCAUGUUCGCUUCCUACGUGUUUCUGCUCGGAUGGGCUGCUCCCAACUCCGUUAUCUUCGGAGAGUACAUUCUGAACGCCGCUGAGGUUGAGGUCACCCGAUGGAACCAGCGAGGUAUCGGUCUUGGAUGUCUGUCUUUCUGCUUCCUCAUCCACUCUAUCUCCGUAAAGUGGGGUCUGCGACUCCAGAACUUCCUCGGUGUCUUCAAGCUCAUUGUCAUUGCUCUGAUCACAAUUGUCGGCUGGAUUGCCCUGGGAGGAGGUCUCAAGCACGUCAAGGACCCUCAUGCAAACUUCCGAAAUGCAUUCUCAGGCUCUGAGAAGGCCACUGGAUACGGUAUUGUCAUGGCUCUCUACAACGUCAUCUGGUCCUUCAUUGGAUACUCCAACGCCAACUAUGCUCUCUCCGAGGCCAAGAACCCGGUUCGAACCCUCAAGAUUGCUGGUCCCCUCGCCCUCAUCAUGGUUGCCAUUUUCUACAUGUUCUGUAACAUCUCCUAUUUUGCCGUCGUCCCCCGGGAGCAGAUUGGUGAGUCCGGACGAAUUUUGGCUGCCACCUUCUUCCGAGUGGCUUUUAACGAGUCUGCCGAGAAGGCCAUGUCUGUCUUUGUUGCACUUUCUGCCCUGGGUAACGUUCUUUCCGUCAUUUUCUCGCAGGGCCGAAUUAUCCAGGAGCUUGGUCGAGAGGGUGUACUGCCUUUCUCUUCUUUCUUUGCUUCCAAUAAGCCCUUCAACUCUCCUUUCCCCGGUCUGUUCGAGCACUACUGUGUCUCCAUUGUCAUUCUGCUGGCCCCUCCUCCUGGAGACGCUUACAACUUCAUUUCCAACUUGAUCACAUACCCCCUUUCGGCCAUUAACGUGGUUGUGUCCCUGGGUCUGCUUUGGGUCCACUUUGACAGAUGGCGACACGCCCGAAACCCCAACCUGCCUCCUUCUAUCUUCGCAGACUUCAACCCUCCCAUCAAGGCCACUAUCCCCGUCACCAUCUUCUUCAUGCUGGCGUCUCUUUACCUUGUGGUUGCCCCCUUCCUGUCUCCUGAUGCCGACCAGUCCGUCUACAAGGAUCUGCCCUACUGGCUGCAUUGUGUGGUGGGAAUCGCUCUUUUCGCUGCUGGUGCCGUCUACUGGCUCUUCUGGGCCAUCAUCUUCCCCAAGCUGUUUAACUACAAGCUGGUGAAGCAGACAGUCAUUGGAUCCGACGGUUGGUCAAGAACGGUUAUCACCCGAGUCAAGAACGGCGAGAUUGGUGAGGGCGAAGAGUUCUAA